AUGAAACGAUCUGCUGCUGCUAGUCAUGAUCAGGCAAAGAUUGAUGACAUAAACAUGGAUUGUGAAACUAGAUCUGGUGGUUCCAUGCCUAUAAUUCAUGAAUGUAGAACAAGUGAACCAGUUAAAGUAAAAAUUGACUCUGUGAUUGAACACAAAGCUAGAGAAGAGAAAAUAGCGAAUGCAGACAAAGGAGAAAUUAACUCUCGGACUGAGCUUGAGCCUAGGGAAAAGGGGACCUUAUGCGCUUCAGAUGAAGAUACUGGAUGCAAAUCUGAAAUGGAGAGUCUGAACCAGAACAAAGACGUGAUUCUCGCCAUGGGUUCAACUGUGGAGUAUUCAAGACGCCCAGCACCUGUGAAUUGUUGGAGGGGAUGCUUUCAUGUCUUUUAUGCUGGAGAAAAGCUAAAUCUUGGUGAAUUUAAAGCCUACUUUCCAUCAAAAGUGUCACCCAGAGUUAAUGAUAUUGUCAAGAUGAUGCCCACUGAUCUACAGCUGGAGUUAUUACCUCGAAUGAAUGAUUGGCCAAAAUCUUUUGAGACUAUUACUCCAGUUCAUGAAGACAUUGGCGUGUUCUUCUUUUCUAAUAAACCUGAUGCGUAG